AUGAGCACGCUCUUAGAAAAUACUGCAUCCAUAUUCGACGGACGACAACAUCCCAAGUCAUCGGAUAGUUUUGCUCGCGCUUCUGAUGGUCGACUUGAAUUGCUAGACUCUGAAGCUGACAUAUGGUCCUCAGGGCGCCUUACGGAGUACCAGGUCAUCGGCCGCCAUUUGCCUACUGAGACGAACCCUACACCCAAGCUCUACCGCAUGCGUAUCUUCGCACCUAACACCGUUGUCGCAAAGUCACGAUUCUGGUAUUUCUUGAUGAAGUUACGGAAAGUCAAGAAGUCGAACGGUGAAAUCGUCAGCCUGAAUGUCAUUCAUGAAAAGCGACCAAUGAAAGUCAAGAACUUUGGCAUCUGGAUUCGAUACGAUUCUCGCUCCGGCACUCACAACAUGUACAAGGAAUACCGAGAGAUGUCGAGAACCGAUGCGGUGGAGGCUUUGUACCAAGAUAUGGCAGCUCGACAUCGUGCUAGGUUCAGGUCUAUCCACAUCCUCAGAGUCGUCGAGCUCGAGAAUGCCGACCAAGUCAAACGACCCUACAUUAAACAGCUUAUCUCAAAAAACCUCAAAUUCCCUCUUCCGCAUCGUGUACCAAAGAGCUCGAAGAAGAUCUUUGCGGUUAGGAGACCAGCAACAUUUGCUUAG